AUGCCCGCGGCCGAAAAGGCGGCUUUGUGUGUCAAGGACUUUACACCGCCUCAACAACCCCAGCCAUCCACUGCAUACAGUGCAGAAGGUUUGGGGGCUGCGCUGCUUGCAGUUCGCGAACAUCGGGCCGCGGCCCAAGCUCCGGCCCCCAUCCACAAGCGUGGUUCUUCCGUCGAUCGGUACAACCACAUUGCGGUCGGCGGCCACCCCAAGGAAAAGGCCCUCCAGGCCGCAACUGGCGCCUACACCACUUCCCGCAAGAGAGCCGACUCGGUGCCCAGUGAUCAAGGGGUCCCGUCUGAUACGUCUUAUGCCUUAUCUGCUGCAGGCGCGUCCCGACAUGUUCGGGUCGAGGAAGAUGCGCCACUAGACCACCUGGACGGCGCUAUGGAGGCCAGCCGAAUCCACCACAUUGCCAAUACCAACGCGAAGCUUUACACCGCGGCUCCGCCCGUUCAACCCGAGGUCGACGAGCAAAACUACAGGAACUCGUUGCGCGCCGCGGCUUUGUCAAUGGCAAAGGAUAUGUACAAAGUCACUGAUGCCAAGGAGCCUGGGGGCUCGGCUCCCGCCGUCGUCGCGGCCCAAAAGGGUCAGAGCCAGCUGGGCUAUCGCAAGACCGUUUCCACGGCCGACGGGUCAGCAGUCCGACGGGCAAUUGCUCUUCAAGAGGCCGCGCAAAAGCGCGCUACCGAAAAGCUGGCUCGGAUGCAGGACGAGAACGCGGAGUAUCAACAGUACUAUGGCACAGCGCCGCAGCCGCAGCGAUCACGUCUCAGUCGUCGUAAACGAACGUCGAGCGACGCCGAUGCAUCGCAGAUUGACGCCGAGCAAUCGCGCCAAAUCCGCACCCAGAUGGCCGGUCUACGUACCAAGUUGAACCGGGUCGACGAUCGCAGGACCAAAGACCGUGAGAUGCUGAUGCAGGCUGCUCGCCGGAACGUUGAUCAGACUCUCCAGGAUAUGGAGGCGCGGGUGUAUGCCAAUACUGGCCGAGCCCCGCCUUCGGUGCAAAAGGGUUGGGAUGAGGUUGCGCAGGAGCGUGUACGCCGGGAGGCUGAAGCCUUUGAGUCUGCUACCCACCAGGGUGACCGAGUCCAGAUCGGUAGUCAGCAGUACAUGGAUUAUGCUGACAUCGAAGCCGUUGCUCGAUCACGACUGCAGCCUGCACUGGAUGAAAUCACUGAGAAUGCCGAGCAGCAGCGAGCUCACGACGUCGAGGUCCGUUUAGAUGCUGAAGAGAGACAGAGACACGCUGCUGUGGAACGUCAACGUGAAUCUGAGUUGAGGGAACUGGAGAAGCAAGACAAGGAUACGACUAAGAACAAGGGCGAGAGCAAGGUCACGAUUCCCAAGUUUUUCCUGUGGCGCAUGAAGGGCAAGCGCGCCCGCGUUGAGCAAUCCGAGGCCAAAGAAGCCCAAGCCGUCUCACCUGUCACCCAAGAAACUGCGGAGGAACAAGCGCCUGCUGUAAACAAGGAUGUUUCUAAGGAUGUUAUUCCAGAGGAAGGUUCCAGUGACGUCGAAGUAGCCGGUGCCGGCCCUAUUGCAGACAUCCCAUCCACAGCGACAGAACCUGUCGAGCCAACCCAGGAGCCAACCCAGGAGCCAACCCAGGAGCCAACCCAGGAGCCCACCCCGGAACCCACUCCCGAGCCCCAACGAGAGCCUAUUCAGCCUCCGACCCAGGAGUCCGCGCCGGCCCAGGAGUCCACUGAGACCUCUGACCUUGACAAUAUUCCACCUGCAGUCCCACGCCGCCGCUCUGCCCCGCUGCAUCACGCCCAACGCGAUACUCCAAUCCACUACUUCACGCCACCCGUCAACAGCCCCCGUGCUGACUCGAAGUUAAAAUCCUGGUUCCGUGACCGUCUCGUCCGUCGCUCAUCCGGCCCCGUUCCCGUAUACCCACACCAACCCGGCCCCGAUUUCACAGAUAGCGAGCCAGCGUUCACCGGCGGCGCAGCCCUCACAGGCCCCGAAGAGCCACGCGGUGCAGCACUGAGCUCCCACCCUUUCAACGGAAUGGAUAUCCCAACCCACAACCGCUCAUCAAGUUACUACAGCAAUGAAAUUGACGUAACGAAGACACGGAGUGGAGAGUCCGGGGCUGAUUCCCCGAAGGGCAGAAAGAGAGAUCGACUGCGCCGGACGUUCCUCAGACGAGUCUCGCGUAGUGACGAUGAGCCAGUGGCUAAUGCGGCGCCCAGGAGGGACUCGGAGGUGCCGAGUGUGAAGACCGAUGUUCAGAGUUUGCAGAAUAGUGCGCGGGAGCAGGGGUUGCCUGCGCCACCGGCUGUUGGUGAGAAUAUGAGUACGAGGCGGGAGUCGAAGUUCUCGGAAGAUCUUUGA